UAUGGGGCAGUUCUACUCUGUCCUAUAGGGUCGCUAUGAGUCGGAAUCAACUCGAUGGCACUGGGUUUUUUUAAUGAAAUGGAGAAGAAAUACAUCUCUUUUAAGUGUUUGGCAGAAUUAUUAAGCAUCCUUGUUGGUAGAUGCUUGGAGGAUUUGGGAGGCAAGAUUAAUGACCCUCCCCAAAAUACCCAUGUCCUUAUCUCUGGAAUAUGUUCCUUUAUUGGCAAAAGGGACUUUGCAGAUGAGAUUAAGGUUAUGGAUCUUGAGAUGGGGAGAGUAUCCUGAAUUAUCGAGGUAGCUUAGCUGAAUCAAAUGAGUCCUUAAAGCCAAAAUCUUUUGCGGCCGUGGUCACAGAGGGAUCUGAUGAUGGAGAAGGGUCAGAGGGAUGCGAAGUUGUAUUCUUUGAAGAUGGAGGGAGGGGACCAAGGAAUGCAGGUGGGCUCUAGAAGCUGGAAACGGCAAGGAACUGAAUUGUCCCCUAGAGCUUUCGGAAAGAACGUAGCCCUGUUGAUGCCUUGGUUUUAUCUCAGUGAGACCUGUGUUGCACUUCUAACUUACAGAACUGUGGGAGACUAAAUGUAUCUUGUUUGAAGCCACUAAGUUUUUGGUAAUUUGUUACAGCAACAAUAGGAGACCAAUGUGGAAGCGAAAUCAUCAAGAUGAACGGAAGAUGUGGAAAAGGAAAUGAAGUAUUCUUACUCUGAGAGAAGCAUGGACCCCGAAUGGGAAAAAAACAUCUGACACUGACAGCUACCCCAUUAUGCUCUGGUGGUCCCCACUGACGGGGGAAACGGGAAGGCUAGGCCAGUGUGGGGCAGAUGCUUGCUUCUUCACCAUCAACCGGACGUACCUGCAUCACCACAUGACCAAGGCGUUCCUUUUCUAUGGUACUGACUUUAACAUAGAUAGCUUACCCCUGCCUCGAAAAUCCCAUCACGACUGGGCCCUUUUUCAUGAAGAGUCUCCAAAAAACAAUUAUAAGCUCUUUCACAAGCCGGUCAUCACCUUGUUUAACCACACAGCUACGUUCAGCAGGCAUUCCCAUUUGCCACUAACGACCCAGUUCUUGGAGGGCGUAGAAGUCUUGAAAUCACUGCGAUACCUGGUUCCUUUGCAGUCCAAAAACAACCUCCGACAGAGGCUUGCUCCACUGGUGUAUAUACAGUCAGACUGUGAUCCACCAUCAGACAGAGACAGCUAUGUUCGGGAGCUGAUGACUUACAUCGAGAUUGAUUCCUAUGGUGAGUGUUUACGAAACAAAGAUCUCCCCCAGCCACUGAAAACUCCAGCCUCCAUGGACACCGAUGGCUUUUAUAGGAUCAUUGCACAGUAUAAGUUUAUCCUGGCUUUUGAGAAUGCGGUUUGUGAUGACUACAUCACAGAGAAGUUCUGGAGACCAUUGAAGCUAGGAGUGGUCCCUGUGUAUUAUGGAUCUCCCAGCAUCACAGACUGGCUUCCAAGUAACAGAAGUGCUAUUCUUGUAUCAGAGUUUUCUCACCCCAGAGAUCUGGCAAGUUAUAUCAGACAACUAGAUGAUGAUGACAGACUGUAUGAGGCCUACAUAGAAUGGAAGCUGAAUGGUGAGAUCUCUAACCAGCGACUUCUCACGGCUCUCAGGGAACGGAAAUGGGGAGUACAGGAUAUCAACCAGGACAAUUACAUCGAUGCAUUUGAGUGUAUGGUGUGCAACAAGGUGUGGGAUAAUCUUAGGCUUCAGGAAAUGGGCUUACCACCCAAAAGGUGGAAGGCAGAAGUUACCCACCUGAGUUGCCCGGAGCCUACAGUGUUUGCUUUCUCACCUCUGGCUCCACGUUGGAGCUCUUUGCGAGAGAUGUGGGUACCAAGCUUCCAGCAAUCCAAGAAAGAAGCCCAGGCACUAAGGUGGCUGGUGGAUAGGAACCAGAACUUUUCAGCUCAAGAGUUUUGGGCCCUUGUAUUCAAAGACUAAUUUCAGAAAGUAUCAGAAUGACAUAGACUAAAGCCUUCUAGAGGUUCAUUUUCUAGGUUGCCUAAAUACUUGAAUAUAAUAUUGAAUAUAAUAGUUAUCGUUUUAACUAUCCUUUAGGAUAAGAGUUAGCUGCUGUAGUACUCAUAAUGAGCCGUAUCAGGUAAUAAAUACGAAUGAUCCUUAGGGGUCAUCUUUAUAUUUUUUAUACUAAAAAAGUAAAUAUUUCUUACAGACAUUGGUCCCCUUUAGUUUUUGUGUCUAGAUUCACGUACCUGCUGGCUUUUGUGGAUAUUCUCUUACUAUAGAGUGCUUUCCUUGCUGCUGGGAGGCAGAGGCUCUGCUGUGGACUAGUGAUUGGCACUGUCACCGUUUACUGGUCCUUGGCAAGCCCUGUGACCUGAUGCUGAGUGUGAACAUGAAAUGCAUUAGAACUUGGCAAUGAGAGAUUCCAUCUGUUGGCUUCCAGGGAUGUUUCAUGAGUAACCAAAGCUGUGUAGUUUAUCCAGUCUCUGUUCUUCAAGUCAAAAGAACAGAUGCAUGUCUCUAACUUCUUCUCCUUUCCCUCACCCAUCUCUCUAGCCUUUGGUUAUUUUUAUCUUUCCCUCUGCCCCCGCCCCCCACCUCCAAAGCAGAAUGUCUUAUAAAGACACGAUUCUUCCUUGUGUGUUUUGAUGGGUGAGAUGGUCCCGAUGAUCCCUUAUACUGUUGAGUAGAAAAAAACAAGAAUUUUACUAUUCGGGCAAGAUAGCCUGUACAUUUUGUUCAGUGUGAGAGUGGAACCGAAUGCCUCCAGGAACUCCCGUUGGGUUGAAGCCGAUUUGUAUUCCUUAGGAUGAUGUACAGCCCACAGUGGGAGGCAGCCGCAGACGUUCGGACUGUGACCAUUCCCUGUCGUUUCUGAUCCUGUCCCAGAGAAGGCCUAGCUCUCCUGUCUGGAGCAUCUACUGUGAGCUCCAUGGAAGACAAGGAGAAACAUUGGCUCACAUUUUCUUCCCAUGUGAGAGUGAGGAGUCUUCUAGAUGUUACCGAACACUGUUGCCACCCAGAUGUGGCAUGGCUUCGGUGUUCUGUUUUAUUUUUUAUUGUGGAAAAGUACAUAUAACAUAAAGUGACAUCAGAUCCAUUGUUAAGUGUACAAUUCAGUGGCAUUAAUCACACUAGCAGUGUUGUACAACCAUCACCACUAUCUAUUUCCAAAACUUUUUCAUCCUGGAAACAGAGUGUCUUCGGUAUUCUUUAUUAUGGAAAGGCAUAAGCACCUAGGCCAUCCAGAGGAUGGGGAGAGGCUGGUGGGAAGAGUCUGGCGUGGCAUAGGGGAAAACUUAGGAGAGCUCCCAUGGCACCAGGUCCUGUUAUCACAGCCGGUACCCUGUGUGUGCCUGGCGGUGAACAAUCCUCGCCUUUCCCUGUGUAGUUCUCCCUCUGGCCCUGCCACCCAGCAUGGGAGGGAUGAGAACUGAGAACAGGACAUUUCCUUUAGAAGCAGGAGAGUCAUGUUCAGUGGGAGAAGGUGUUUCUAUAAUGAGAUUAUUUCUAAUCCCUGCUCUGCCACUAGUUAAACAUGAUCUUGGAGCAUUUGCUUAACCUCCCUGGCCUAAGUUUUUGUAUCUAAAAAGAAGUGAUUGGCCUGGUGUUGAUGUCCUUUGCUGUGUUGUUGCUAGGUGAUGUUCAGUUGGUUCCAACUCAUAGUAGCCCCACAUAUAACAGAACGAAACACUGUCAGGUCCUGCACCAUCCUCACAAUUGUUGCUAUGCUUGAGUCCAUCAUUGCAGCCACUGUAUCAGUCCAUCUUGUUGAGAGUCUUGCUCUUUUUCACUGACCCUCUACUUUACCAAGCAUGAUGUCUUUCUCCAGGGCCUGAUCCCUCCCGAUAACAUGUCCAAAGUAUGUAAGACUAAGUCUCGCCAUCCUUGCUUCUAAUGAGCAUUCUGGCUGUACUUCCUCCAAGACAGAUUUGUUCAUGGUAGUCCACCGUAUAUUCAGUAUUCUUUGCCAACAUCAUAAUUCAAAGGUGUCAAUUCUUCUCUGGUCUUCCUUACUCCAUUGUCUAGCUUUCCCAUGCAUAUGCGUAUGAGGUGAUUGAAAAUAUCAUGGCUUGGGUCAGGCGCACCCCAGUCCUCAAAGUCACGUCUUUGCUUUUUAACACUUUAAAGAGGCCUUCUGUAGCAGAGUUGCCCAAUGCAAGUAAAAUGAAAUCCUCGAUGACUUCAACCUUUUCUUCGUUUAUCAUGAUAUUGCUUAUAGGUCCAGUUGUGUGGAUUUUUUGUUUUCUUUAUGUUGAGGUGUAAUCCAUACUGAAGGCUGUAGUCUUUGAUUUCAUCAGUAAGUGCUUCAAGUCUUUUUUGCUUUCAGCAAGCAAGAUUGUGUCAUCUGCAUAUUGCAGGUUAUUAAUGAAUCUUCCUCCAAUCAUGUUACUUCGUAUAGUUGAGCUAUAUUAUUACAUUUCCUGUGUAACAGUUUUUAAUUUGUAUAUCAAAUUUUAAGUAGUUUAAUUUUGUAAGUGUUUUAACUAAGAUAGUAACAAACUAUUUUAGAGUCACUGUGUGUUAUUCAGGGAGCCCUGGUGGUGCAGUGGUUAAGCGCCUGGCUGCUAACCAAAACGUUGGCAGUUCAAACCUAUCAACUUCUCCUUGGCAGAAAGAUGUUGCAGUCUGUAGAGAUUACAGUCUUGGGAAGCCUAUGGAGCAGUUCUGUACCGUCCUGUAGGGUCGAGAUGAGUAGGAUGCAACUUGACGCAGCAAUGGGUUUUGUUUUUGGUUUUGUGUGUUAGUCAAAGUAGUCCUGGUGGCGCAGUGGGUAGGCAUUCCCCUGCUAACCAAAAGGUCAGCAGCUUCUUGGGAGAAAAUGUGGUAAUCUACUUCCAUAAACACUUACAGCCUUGGAAACCUUAUAGGGCAGUUCUACUCUGUCCUGUAGGGUUGCUGUGAGUCAGAAUUUGACUCGAUGGCAGUGGGUUUGUUUGUUUGUUUUUUGGAGUGUUAUUCGAGGGUAGCAGGCUCUUCUGUGGAGGAAGGAGCCUACUUAUCGUGUAGUAUUGGAGUGCAGGGAAUUAAUUUUUCUCUCUACGAUUUUAUCUGAUGGUAUCAAAGGAGAAAGGGUUGGAAAGAGGGAUUGUUUGUUAAAGGCCAAAUUUAAAAUUGUGUACUAAAUGAGUUUUUUUUGUGUGUGUGCCCUUAGAAGAGAGCCUUGGAGAUUAUCUCACCCUCUGGCCAGAUGUUCCUCUGUGAAUGCCUUAAAGCAGUCAGGUGCUUAUAUGCUGCCUGUUUAUCUUAAACCUCAACAUUUCAGUGUUCUAUCUUUGUUCUUCAUCAAGAGUCUGUAGAUAGAAUGCUCCCUGAACUACUCUGAAAUAUGGAACUCUGACCAACUUCACUGCAAUGAAAUCACUCAUCGUUUAAUGUGGCCUAAAAAUGUGAUGAGGGAUGGGGAAGACAGAAUUUUGUGGGAUUAAAAAUACAGUGUGUUUCAAAGAGUAAAUCGGGGUGCUUUGGGAGUCUUUGAGAACUCACAGAUUUGAGACUUUUUUUUAAUAGUCAGCAAUAUUUCUUCUUUGUAAUAGAGUUUUCAGUUGUAAGAUGAAGUUCUUGUGUCUCUGACGAUUGCUGUUAUGGAAUGGGAGGUGAGUCUCCCCUGUAGCCUGAUUAUUACCUGUAAAAUGAGAGCUCUGCUUUUUGAGUUCCAUCUAAGGCCCCUUAGUACAGGUCUCUGUAUGCUGAUCCCAUCAUGCCACACCUUCUUCCUUACCUGACUGUCUCUCUUGUCAAAUGAGAGUAAGUGAGCAACUUACCUCACAGGACUGCUGUGAGGAAUGACAGAAGGACUUUGCAAUGCAACGUUCUGUUUAGUGCUUCAGUACACUUUACCUUUUUGAUUAUUCUCAAGGACUCAUUGGCAAAGUGAUAUGACAAGGUGGAUGGAAACCUUUCCAGAAAUGUUGGAAAAAAUGACUACUAAUGCCAGUCAGGAGCCCUGGUGGCGCAGUGGUUGAGAGCUGUGGCUGCUAACUAAAAGGUUGUCAAUUCGAAUCCACCAGCUGAUCCUUGGAAACCCUUUGGAGCAGUUCUGCUCUGUCCUACCCCUCGACUCGACAGCAAAGAGUUUUUUGGUUUUGGAAUGCCAAUCAGUAGUCUUCACUUCUUCAGUCUGAAAGCGGAGGCACUGUGACCUCUCGAUCCCAUAGAAAGUAGGAUAUUUCAGAGCCUGAACACCGACUGGUUUAUCUGUUGUUGUUAAGGACUAGAUCCUAGUUACUGGCUUUAUCAGUUGAAGCCAUUAGUAGUAGUAGUAAUAGUAGCAUACUAUAUUUUGUGCAUACUCAGAAAUAAAAGACAUAAGCCAAAGUGAACAUUCCUUCAGAGUCACACUUUGUAUAUUACAAAUGAUAGAAAGAACUCAGUAUGUAUAGAACUUGUAUGAUUUUUUGAGUUGUGAGCUGAUUUAGCUGUUUUUUCCAUGGAACACCAGUUACUUGAAAGAAUGUCUGGCAAACUGGCCUGAUAUUCAGAUUUGGGUUUUUAUCAGUCAUUUUCUUGAAAAUGAACAAAGUGACACUGUCACUUUAAGAGAAAUAGCUGAUAGAAUUUGUUGCCAAGGAUCACAUUUCAGCUCUCAGGUGAAAAGUAGAAUUUUGGAAAACGAAUAUCCAACUCUUUGAGCUUGACAGCUUCCCAAUACUUAAAGACUUCCCUGAUGAGAUUGGUGACGAUAUUAACAAAAGUUACUUUUGACCUUGAAUGAAACAGAGAUGAUGAUGUGUCAGGGCGUAUUUGUUUGUUUAUUUUUUAAAAAUAAUUCUAAAGAAGGAAGAGCUAGUGUUAUAUACUGGAGAGAAAAUUUUUUUUAAUUUAAAAAAAUAUAUAUAUGUAUAUAUAAAAACCCUGGUGGCGUAGUGGUUAUAUGCAACGGGUGCUAACCAAAAGGUCAGCAGUUUGAAUCCACCAGGCUCUCCUUGGAAACUGUAUGGGGCAGUUCUACCCUGCCCUGUAGGGUCGCUAUGAGUCGGAGCCAACUCGACGGCGGGGGAUUUGGUUUGGCGGGUAUAUAUAUAUUGGGUUAAUGAAUUUAUAUUAAAAAAAUUUUUUUAAAUUGAAGCAUUCCAUAAGUGAAAAUGAAAGUUUCAAUGGGAGGUAAAAAAUAUUAUUUAAGCAUUGGGAACUGAUAAAUGUAAUCAGAGCUGUCGCCACCAGGGCUCCUUCCAGUCAUAGGAGGAAGUGGAAAUUUGAAUAGGAUAUGUGCCAUUGACCCUCUUGGGAGAAAGAUAAGUGAGACUUAAAAAACCUUCCUCCUCACUCUACAGAAUCUGUUUUCCCUAAAAAUAUUGAAUUUCAAAGUUCAGAACAACAACAGCAAAUGGAAUAAUGCAAUUAACACCUGUGUGUUCUUCAGCUAGAUUCACCAAUUAGUAAUAUUUUGCCACAUUUGCUUUGUCUUUUGCUGUUUUUAGCCGAGUUAAAGUAAGUCGCGGAUAUCAUGAUACUUCCUUCUUCCAUCUUCUGUGCAAGAACAUUCUUCUAAAUAAUCACAAAACCAUUAUUAUCACACCCAAGAAAUUAAACACUAAUAGAAUAAUAUUAUUUGGCACACAGUCCACUUAUACAUGGUCCCAAUAAUGUUGCACCAGUAAAGAUUAUAAUAGCUGUUUUUUUUUUCAUUUUCAAUAGCAUUAUUUUUUUUUAUAUCUUUAAUCUCUUUUAAUCUAGAAUCGUUUUGUUUUCCUUUGUUUCUGGUCUUUUAUGACACUAUUUUUGAAGAGCCAAGACCAUUUUCUUGUAGAAUAUGCCAUAAUCUACAUACUUUGGACAUGUUAUUAUGAGGGACCAGUCCCCAGAGAAGGACAUAAUGCUUGGUAAAGUAGAGGGUCAGUGAAAAAGAGGAAGCCUCUCAAUGAACUGGAUUGACAUAGUGGCUGGAACAAUGGGCUCAAGUUUAACAACAAUCAAGAGGAUGGCGAAGGACCGGGCAGUGUUUCUUUCUGUCGUACGUGGGGUCGCUGUGAAUCGGAACCCAUUUGAUGGCACCUAACAUCAACAACAACAGAUUUAUCCGAUUGUUUCCUCAAGAUUAGAUUAAUGGAUCCCUUCUCUGUUAAGGUUAAAUAUUAUUAGGACAACUGUGAUAGACCGAAGAGACCCUAACUGAGGUGUCAAAGAAGAUUCCAGUGGCCCCUGAGUGGAAACUCACUAUAUGGGAGGAGACUGGAGUGGUGACUCUUCUCUGCCCCAGGGUCUAGAGGUUGGUUAGUUUAUGUAGUGAGCUGUGUGUGUGUGUAUGAUGAAUGCUGAAAAUUGAGACAAUGAGGAGAAGAAGGAAAGGAAGGGGAAAGAUGAAAAGGAGGAGGGGGAAGAAAAACAAAACUAAAGAGUGUGUGUGUGUGAUGCAUGUUGGAAAUUGAGACAAUGAGGAGAAGAAGGAAAGGAAGGAAAAAAACAAAAAAGAGGAGGGAGAAGAAAAACAAAACUAAAGAGUUAAAUAAGGAGAGAAAUAUAUGUGGUAGCAAGAGUAGUAAUGAUGGCAGAGAAUGGGGCCUACCAGUGUACAAAUUAGCCCCCCCACCCCAGUUUUCUCUCUGUAAGACAAUUCAACAACUCUUUAGAGUGAUAGUCCCCUAAAGUUCUUGAAUUUAUUAUAAGAAUUAGAUAAAAACCUUGUUUAAUAUGAGCAAGAUGGAAGCUCAUAUUAAAAGAGAUGUGACUUUAUUUUAUUACCCAAAAUGGUGAAACAGGACACAUCAAUUGUAUAUAUAACUUAUACAGUGUCAUAAAAAACCUCAUAAAUGGCAGAUCCAAAUUUAAAACCCAAGAUUGUAUGUGUGUUUUCUUUGUGCCAUAUCCCACUCUCUCCCAUGGGGAGAGCUGGAAGUUAGUGAGAUUAGUUGCAGCACUGCUGAAAAAAUAAAUAUAUCCUUUCAUUUUCCCACUGAUAUGGAAAAAUCUAGUUCUAUCCUGAUAACCUCUAAAAUAUAUAUGAAAUUCUUUAUGAAUGGAAGGGAGCUGGUGUCAUAGCUUAUAGGUCACUCUGUUUCUUCUACGUGAACUCUCAUGUGACACUGGAAUUAUAAUUUGGUUUGAACGUAUUAAAUAAACAAUUGAGAAAGCCCAUGGCAGCUGUAUUAGCUAUAAAAGAUAACUCCCUUGAGUGGGAAGUCUUAGAUUUGGCGGUUUCUCAGCUGAUUUGUUUGCAGGGUGCUUGUGUAAUGCUGUAUACACUAAGACUUCUACUUCCCCAUCAUGAACACUGGCAGGGCAAAGCUCACAAAGGACUGUGAAGUAAUGAGCAUGCAUUUCUGUGAACAACAAUAUCUCAGAAAAAAUGAUAUUGGGAUCUUGGAAGUGACAGUAUGGUAAACCAAGAUUACAGUUAUGGAAAACCAGCUUUGAAAUUCAAAGAAAAAUAGCCUAUGAUGUCAUUUCUCUUGUGUGUUAGCCCCCCGGGCAUUCCUUGGUUCCUUAGUGUUCCUUGGCUUGUAGAUAAACCUCCUGUGGUGUCCGCACUCUCCCCCCCCACCUGUGUGUGUCUCUGUGUCCAUUCUGCUUUUUUUAUAGCUCAGAAAUGAUUAGAACCCACCCUACUCAGGUUAUGAUAUAAUUAACAAGCAAAGAACACGCUGUUUCCAAGCAGGAUCAUUAUUUACAGGCAUAACCAAAAAAACCUCAUAGCAACACUAUAGGACAGAGUAGAACUGCCCCAUAAGCAGGCUGCUACGUCUUUCUCCCAUGGAGCAGUUGGUGGGUUCGAACUGCUGAACUUUCCAUUACCAGCCAAGCGUUUAACCCACUGUGCCACUGGGUUACCCAUAUAGGGGUGUAGGAGCCAGGAUUUCCAUAUAUAACACUAUGCUAUACUCAUUUUGCCCAUUUCAAUUCCCCUACAAGUCCAAUGGAGCUCUGGUGGCAUAGUGGUUAAGAGGUUGGCUGCUAGCCAAAAGGUUGGCAGUUCAAACCCACCAGCUGCUCCUUGAUGAAGUUGUCAAGGAUUUCAUUUUACGUGGAUACGCAGUCAACACCCAUGGAAGCAGCAGUCAGGAAAUCAAAAGGUACAUUGCAUUGGGCAAAUCUGCUGCAAAAGACCUCUUUAAAGUGUUGAAAAGCAAAGAUAUCAGCUGGAAGACUCAGUGCACCUGACCGAAGCCAUGGUAUUUUCAGUCACAUCAUAACAAUGAAUAAGGAAAACCAAAGAAGAAUUGAUGCCUUUGUACUAUGAUGUUGGUGAAGAAUAUUGAAUAUACCACGGACUGCCAAAAGGACGAACAAAUCCGUCUUGGAAGAAGUAAACCAGAAUGCUCCUUAGAUGCAAGGAUGGUGAGACUAUGUCUUACAUAGUUUGGACAUGUUAUCAGGAAGGAUCAGUCCCUAGAGAAGGGCAUCAUGCUUGGUAAAGUAGAGGGUCAGCGAAAAAGAAGAAGACUCACAAUGAGAUAGAUUGACACAGUGGCUGCUACAGUGGGCUUAAGCAUAACAAUUAUGAGCAUGGUGCAGGACUGGGCAGAGUCUCCUUCUGUGGUACAUAGGGUCACUAUGAGUCGGAACUGACUGGAUGGCACCUAACAACAAGUCCGGUAUGCAAGAAACAAAGAUACCGUUAAUCAACUCUGUGAUUCUCUAAUUUGUUGUCCAAAAUUUCCUCUUAUUUUUGAAAUUAUAGAAGAUAACAUGUAUUAAUUUCCUAGGGCUGCCACAACAAAAUACUACAAACUGGGUGACUUAGAAGAACAGAAAUGUAUUGUCUCCCAGUCAGGUUGUUAGUCCAAGUCAACAUAUUGGCAGGGUCAUGCUCCCUCCAAAGGCUCUAGGGGAAGGUCCUUUCUUGGCUCUUCCAGCUUCUGUUAGCCCCAGACAUUUCCUGGCUUGUAGAUUCAUCUUUAUGUGGCUGUCUUUCCUUUGUCUGGCUCUGUGUCUCCUCUCCUCCUUUGUAGGACACCACUUAGCUGGAUUUGGACUCUACACCAGCAUGACCUCAUGUUAACUGAUAACACCUUCAAAGACUCUCUCUCCAAACAAGGUCGUGGUUCACAGGUACCAGGGGUUAGAACUUCAAUAUAUAUAUUUUUUGGGUGGACACAGUUCAAUCCAUAACAAUAUGACUCUCCAAAAUUCAUAUUCCGCCCUAUUGAAAGUAAAAUAAUGCCCCAGGUAAACUUUUUUGUUUUAUUUUAAUAAGAGGCUUUUAGAUUUUCAAAAAAUCAGGUGAAAAUGACAUAAUGACAAGGAACAGAGGAGUAUGGACAAUGAAGAAAUGAGUGGGAAAAAUGGACUUUCUGGGGAAAUUUUAAAAUUGCAUCCAGUUGAUGUGGCAGAAUUACAUGGUGAGACUGAUGCACGCGGUCGUAGUUCCGGAGAAAAAGGCUUUCUAUGGGUUUCUUUACAGAGGCCAAAGACUUCGUUUCGGUUUCAGGAAAUCCCCAAACAGGAAAUAAGAUGUUGCAAGCUUUGGGCUUUGGGGACAGACUCAUGAGAGAGAUAAAUUUCAGCAACCUACAAAUUGCUCAGUGAGUUCUUGGCUCCUGAGGACAUGCAACUGAGCCAAGGUAAAGCCACCCUUCCUCCCUCUGUCUGCAGUUGGCUCAGGUGCCAAGGAGCUUACCCACCCAUCACCCCAGAACCAGUGUUUCAUAGACACAGCCACAUUCCCCACGUCUUCACAGGACCUCUGCUAACAUUUCCCAAUCCUUUAGCAAACUGGAGGUUCAUUCAUGAAGGUCACAGAAAACAACCCUUAAUCUUGUGUGGAAUAGAAAGAAUCUGCUUGGGCAGUACUGGGGAGGGGGACUGCUGUGGACCUCAGGGGUUUAAACCAUCUGAUCUCAGCUCUGGCAGCAUCUGGGAUGACCUUAGAAAAGCCUUUUAGUCUGUGUCAACUUGAUCAGAACCUCCAGACAAAACACGCGAACCCAGCCAGGCAAUUUGGAUGUUUCCAACAUUUGCCUGCUUGACAUCAUAGAGGCAGAGUCUUCACGGGGCUUUCAGCUUUCCUCUCACAGAAGCUGCUGUGAAGGGACGCCUCUGAACCCCACUCCCUCCUUUUCCAACACAACCUGCCCCUCACCUCCUUAAAACUAUGAGGUAAACAUUUGACAAUGCAGAUAUCUAUCUAUUGUGCUCGUCACAUGUUACCUGGAAUAACGUGAAGUUGAGUAUAGAUUAAUUUGGGCAUGACUGGGAAGUGACACUAGAGGCUGGUAACCUGAACGUAUCCACCAGAAUUCACAAAUCUUAAAAUGUUGUUUUCCUCCUAUGUGUUUGCUGCUUCCCAAAUUAAACAGAGGACUUGGCCACAGGCUGUUCACAGGUUCCUUCAUGUUUACUUGGGUCAUAUAUUUCCUCAGGGCACUGCCCACUGGGAUAAUUGAUUAAUCCAAGGUAGUCAUUUAUUGUCUAAUGUCUAUAUAGGAGAAUAGGAUGUUCCCCCUGGUAGAUCUAAUUUGAGAAUAGCCAGGGGUGAGUGACAGUAUGGCUGCUCUCUCAUUUCCCACUGACUCCAGACUUUCAAAUUGAGCUUGGUAAUUAUCUAAGAAAGAAAGGAACUGCAUGUGGCUUUUCCCAAUGGGGGAUUUCAUUGUCCAUUUGGGUCCCUUUGUUUACUGUAUCUCAAAGAAACCAUGACAACCAUAUUUGCCUGUAUUUCCUCUCCCCUAGAUGUUUUUGGUUCCAUCUGUUAGAUAUUCGCUGGAUGAAGUCAACUUUUCAUCUCUGUUCUCAUUAUGAGUGGAAGUACAUUUAUGUGAGCUCGUUUCUUUUUUUAUUGUGGUAAAUAUACACGCAACACAACGUUUGCCACUUCAACAUCUUUUACAUGUCCGAUUCAGUGACAUUCAUUAUGUUCGUCAUGUUGUCCAACCUCAUUUUUUUUUUAAUAAAAGGAAAUAAAUUAAAAUGCAGUGCUUGAUUUUAUAAGUUCUUAAAUACCCUCUCCACACUUCCUCUUUCUUUAUUUCCACUGGCUUAACAAGUUCAUUUAUUUGGUUUGUCAGAAGGUGCCCGUGCAGUGCACAGAGAUGUAGCACCACAGGGAAAAAUAAAGCCGUGCUUAAAAAAAAAAAAAUUUUUUUUUUUUUUGUAGGUAUGGAAACCCUGGUGGCGUAAUGGUUAAGAGCUACAACUGCUAACCAAAACGUCGGUAGUUCGAAUCCACCAGCCGCUCCUAGGAAACCUUAUGGGGCAGUUCUAUUCUGUCCUGUAGGGUGACUAUGAGUCAGAAUUGACUCGAUGCCAGUGGGUUUGGUUUUUGCUUUUUCGUAGGCACAUAUUUGUGUCACAGAGAAAGUGUCCUAGUGGUGUGGAUCUAAAUCUAAUUUUUUUUCCCCUUUCUAAUUCUAAAAUCUCAUAGUGGCAGCUAGAGCACCUCUGUGCCUCUGUAAGGUGGAUUUGCCUCUCAGGCCUUUUAGGGGCUGGUAGGUCACAUGGCCAUUGGAUGAACACCGUUGUGGAUGGGUGCUGUAGAGUUGGUUCUGAUUUGUAGCAACCCUGUGCACAACAGGAUGAAACACUGCCUGGUCCUUUGCCAUCCCCACAAUCGUUGCUAUGUUUGAGCUUAUUGUUGCAGCCACUGGGUCAGUCCAUCUCGUUGAGGGUCUUUCUCUUUUUCACUGACCCUCUACUUUACCAAGCAUGAUGUCCUUUUCCAGGGACUGGUCCCUCCUGAGGAUGAGCAGUAAGAGAAAAAUAAUAUGACUGCACUCCAGUGGGACCCCCAGUGGGGAUUUUUUUUGCCCUGUGGGAUGUCCUUUCAUAAUUCAACCAACUGAUGGAACAGCCCAAGACAGAGCCAUCUCAGGCCUGGGAGCUGGGAGACCUGGUUUGUGUCUAGUUUUGUUUUUGCUGCUCAAUACCUUUCUGACAUUGAGCAAAUCAUUUUACCUCAGAUUAACUCCAAUUUCCUCAUAUGUAAAGUGAAGUGCAAACUAGAUAACACCUAAGCUCCCAAAGAGCUUUAAAAUGAUAUGAUUCUGUUUUAUGUUUAUACACCAUUUUGCUAACCAUUUUUCUAGUUUUCCUCUGUCUACCCCUUACAUAUUGCUAUACCCUACAUUUUAGCCUUAGUUUUCUUCUUAUCUCGCUCUAUAACCUCCCUCAUCUAUCUUGUCCACCGCACAUUACCAUUAAUACACUUAUGACUCAAAACACUUAAAAAAAUGAACCUCACUGAGGUAUCAUAUUAAGUGGCGCCCUGGUGGCAUGUCUGACUUAAUUAAAAACCUGCUCAUGAGCAUAUGAAAAUGUGUUUGAAUAUUUAUAAAUACUUUUGAAUUAAUUUUUCUUCCCAUUUAAACUUAGCAACAGGCAGAGGCUAUGCUUUCAUGUGCUAGACAUGAAUUCAUUGCAUUAUGCAUUAAAAGCCAAAACUGAUUAAUUAAUUUGCCAAGUUUUAUUGUGGUAGAGGCCAUAUAGACAUAUAGGAACACAGCAAUAUUUGCGGAGCCAAUGAUAUAUUAAAAAGGGAGAAAAAUAAAGUAUCAGAGAAAAUGCAACCAACAAUGUAUGCUUUUUUUCUUUAGCACUUUCCAAAAGGGAAGCAAAUUGUCAGGACAGAGUGCUGAUUGCAGAGAUCAAGGUGGGGCUGUUUGUUUUCCUCAGGGGGUGGAAAAGCCUUGAAUGGGAGUUUCUUGUUGCUGUCCAGCUGGUAACAGACCCUGGAGAAGAAACACCUGGAACUCAGAGGCUCUUAAUAAAUGUUUAUCAAAGAACGGGUUGUAUUGCUAAAUGUUAGCGGGUUGUGUAAGACUCUCUGAAGUCCUUUUCAAGGUAUAUAUGCCUUGGAAAUGCUAAUAGCCAAACGAAACCCGUUGCGGUUGAGUUGAUUCUGACUCAUGGUGACCCCAUGUGUUACAGAGUAGAACUGCACCAUAGGGUUUUCAUGACUGUGCUCUUUACAGAAGCAGAUCACAAGGGCUUUCUUGGGCAGCGCUGGUGCAUGGGUUCGAAUCAAUCACCAACUUUUACGUUAGCAGCCGAUUGCCAGCUACUUGCUCCAUCCAGGGAUCUUUGGAAACACUAAUAGUCUACUACAAUUUCAGAUCACACUCCCUUCAGGGUUUAAAUUCUCUAGGCAAUUUUCUCUGAUGAACCUACCCCACGAUGACCCUUUUCUUGCUUUGAAUAACUAUAAUGUCCAUGUGGGUUUUCCCUAUGUUUAUAUUAUGUAUGUUUAUAUAAUACUUUAGGAUAUCCCCCAGUUGUAUUUUAUCUACUAGAUUAUCUUGUCCUAGGGGUUUCUUUGCAUUCUCUGUAGUUUAGUAUAUACCCACUAUGCUCCAAACAUUUUUACAAUGUGAUUCGAUCCUCAAAACAACUUUGAAAAGCAAAAAUAUUAUUAUUCUGAUUUUUGCAGAAGGGAAAACAAAUGCUGAGGGUCAAGUACUGUAUCCAAAUUUGCACAGCAAGUGAGUGGCAGAGUUCAGAUUCAGAUUGGAGUCCACGAUCAUUUUGUAAUAUACUUUUAAAAAAUAGAAUUAUUUCAAAGGAAAUUAAUGGAAAUUUGGGUUGUCAUGUCAUUUGCCAUCAUGUCUAUUUCACAUUGGCCAUUCGUGGAGUAUGUAAUCCAAGGCACUGCUUCUAGUCGGUGCUUAAUAGAGAUGGUUAGUUUGCUGACAGUGUGAAGCAAUGCCCAGCAGAGAUGUUGAGCAUCCAUUGAUGUAGAAGUUUAUCCAAAGCAGUCAGGUAAGUACUCCAAAAAGGAAAUUUAGUGCAUAAUUAGGCAAUUGGAGUAUCUCUCACAGAAACUUCUUUUUCCUCUCCCCUGUGCUACUCAGUAGGCUAUUAUUUAAAAAUGUAAUAAAUACCAAAUUUUGUAAUGGCCUCAUUACUCUUAUGCUCCUAUUUUCAUUCCCCACUCUCCGCCCACCAUCACGAUGCUGUCUCUUGAAGCCACUCCCAAAUUUUAUCCUCCGAAUAUGGAAUAUAAAAUAAUCCCACUCAUUAAAACACACCACACGUGGUGAUUAAUUGUUAGAAGAAAAACACCCAGGGCCUUGAUCUCAGACCUAUCUUUUAAAUGGUGUAAAUUCAAUUUAUCUCACUUUCAAGCUCGUUUGGUUUUUAAUGUCUCAAUCACCGGAUGGUAACAUUGCUUUCUUCCGGGUAAUUUAAUAAAAAGAUGAAAUUACUCCAUAUACAUUUUUAAUUGCAUCGCUUUAGAGAAAAUAGGUUGAUGUCAGAGGAGUCUUCUCUCCUGAAUCAAAUGCAAAAUUGUUUUUAAUACAAACUAUAUUAGCCCAUAAGGAAUCCAUGGGAGCAACAGAACGCUCAUGAAAACUAUGCCCUGUUGGCUAUAUCACGAGUCCUAAUUGCAUUAGACAAUUUCACAUUUAAUCUUUAUUUUGACGCUUCUUCUUAUUCGGCUCUAUUUAUUCCUUGAGCCCAUAUAGGGUGUCACAGUUAUAAAAAAGUGAUAAAAUUAAGCUAUAAAUGAAAUUACCUUUAGGUACAAAGUAACUUGUCCACGUGCCAUGGUAAAUUUUACUGCUAACUUUUACUGAGCAAAGGAUUUUUCAGGUUGCCUGUUGGAUAAUUUGGCAACUGCUGCCUUGGAUUGCUUUCUGUCCUUUUGAUACGUGUCUAUACGAGUUCUGUAGUCUCUAAGACAUCUUAAAUUUUAGCCGGAGCAUCCACUCUGUGGGUCUGAAGCAGAGCUAAUUUGCUUUUCUGCACCACAACCUUCAUCUGUGUUUUUUGUUUUGUCUCCGCAAGUGAAGGAAAAAGAUCAGGGCAUUAACCUCUCACUCCGUUAGAAGGAUGCAUUUCCAUUUUCAUCCAAUUAGCUGCUGUAAUUUGAAGCUUUUGGUGCCUGCCAAUAAGGUGGGGGUUGCAGAAGCAAGGGCCACAGAGAGCUUUUAGAGGGCACACUGUGAACUGUCACCAUGGGUGUCACUCAAAAGAUCAAGUGUCAGACCUGCUCACCCUGGUCUGCUCCUUUAAAUCCUUGUGUAUUUAUCAAUCAUCCUUGUGUGGUUACUCACAGUGAGACUUCAGACAGAGGUUCUGUAGGGUCUCAAGGGCCAAGCAACCAAAGUAGCCAGCAGUGAAUUCAAAUCUUUUAGCACAGCAGGUUCUCAUGGGUGAAAGAUUUAAGCAGCUCUGGCCUUCUUACCCUCUUUUAAAACCAUGGAAAUCAAGAUCUACAAAUUUUCAUUUGACUCCAUUUAUUCAUUUAUUGCCGUGGUAUUAGCAGGGCAAAAGAACUAGCUGGCAAAGGGAACCUAUCUAUUCUGCAAGCCUGAAAAGACUCUUGUAAAUUCUCAGUACAGUGGGGUGAAGAUUUGCACAGGUAAAAGAGUAAUAAGGAAGGGAAAUCUUGGAGAGCCUAAAUCAAAAACUAAGCCAGUUGCUGUCGAGUAGAUCCUGACUUACGGCAACUCCAUGUGUGCAGAAUAGAACUGUGCUCCUUAGAGUUUUCAGGGCUGUGACCUUUCAGAAGCAGCUAGCCAGGCCCUUCUCCUUAGGCACCUUUGAGUGAGUUUGAACCUCCAACCUUUUGGUUAGUAGUCUAGCACUUAACCAUUUGCAUCCCCCCGGGGACUCCUAGAGGGCCUAAAC